AUGCCCGAACCAGAACUCCUUGUAGAAUUCGAUCAACCCCAGGAAGUUUUUCUCCCGGGUAAUCCUAUUUCUGGUCGUGUCAUUCUUAUGACCUCUGAAAAUUACAAAGCCAGAGCUGUUCAUCUGAAAUUAGAUGGUCGUGCUCACACCAAUUGGCAUGAAUAUGAAACUGAAAGACACACAGAUGGCAACGGAAAUACUGAGAAUCGUCAGAAAAAGGUUGAUUACUCAGCCACCGUUAAAUACCUCGAGACCAAGAUCCUCAUUUGGGCAUCUUUUGAUGGAUCGAGUUGUCUGAUCCCUGGCACAUACGCAUGGCCUUUUUCUUAUAGACUUCCCUCUAACAUUCCACCAAGUUUUGAAGGGAAAUACGGUUACAUCAGGUACUCGGUGACUGCGGAAGUUGAUCGACCCUGGAGGUUUGACAAAACAUCUAAAAGAUGCAUUACUGGUAACUGGGAACGUUUAAUGCCGUAUGAAUUUAAUGUUUCAGUGUCGCCUAUGCUUGACCUAAAUUUCAUUCCAAAUGCAAUGACUCCUCUUCAAGACCAAGCCAGUGAAAAUCUGGGAUGCUGUUGUUUCAAAAAAGGAUAUCUGUCUGUGAAGUUAGACGUACCAAAGACUGGAUUCGUUCCUGGAGAGACUGUUCCUAUCAACCUUCAUAUUGUGAAUAAAUCAUCUGUAAAUGUGACUAUGGUUACUGCAACAAUCAUCCAACGAUGCACUUUCAUGGCAUAUCGAAACGGCACCGCAUUCAAUUUUACAGAAAUUAGUGGAGUAACCCGAGGAGAAGUUAAACUAAACUCCAACACUGUCAUAACACAAACCCAGCCAUUGACAGUUGAACCUGGAAAUUCUCAUAAUUUGGCAUUGGAACUCCGUCUUCCGUCUGUAACUCCAACCAUCAAUCAGUUCUCCCCAGUCAUCACAGUCGAAUAUUAUGUGGAUGUCAGCUAUCUCCCUCCCUCAUAUUAUCAACCAAAUCCCACACUUCCGACUCCUUCCCCAAUCGGAAAUGGAGUCGCUCCUCCACCAGACUACCCAUCUAGCCCUAAUUCUCCACCAUACCCAGAAGUGUCUUAUCCAGUUAAGAUAGAUGGAGUUGUCCAGCCAAGCGCUCCUCCACCAUCCUAUCAAGAUUCCAUGUACGGUACAGAUGGAACUCAUAUUCAUACAGAGGAGCACAAAAAACCAUUCGUUCCAAAAUAUCCUGUUUUCCACAACUUGCCAGUUUAUAACCCUUCUGCUCCACCACAAGAAUGA